AUGGACGUUCCAAUAAAUAACUUCAAGGGAGUGAUGCUAUGCAAUAGACCAAAUGAAAAUGUGAUGAUAAUCAAAGAAAAGUAUUACUAUAAAAUAACCAAUCAGACCUUUCUGUUCUAGAGUUUAACCUUAUGAUUAAUGGGGGUUAACAAAAAAAUAUGAAGAAACAAAAGUAUUACCAGCUCCCAUGAAUCCGGUUUUAGAAAGACAUAAGAAAUGGUUGGAAGAAUUCAAAUUACAAAAUUAACUUAAAAAACAUGCGAAAGAGGAAUAAUAAGUUCGUGAAGAUGAAAAAUUUGAAAGAGUUAGAGAAUUAGCCAAGAAAGAUAGAGAGAUUACAAAGAAAAUGAAGGAAGAAUACAAAUAAAUAAACGAUAUCAUCAAGAAAGAGUUACAAGAUGAUGGUCCUAAAAGCAAAACGUGAGGCUGUUAUCUUAAUUUCAAGAGUGUAAUUGACUGCCGAAAACCUAAAGAAAUUAGAAGAGAGAGAUACCAUUAAACAAUAAGAAGUCAAAACUGAUAAUAAAUUGGAUAUAAAGUAAGGAGAUCAGAAGAAGAGAUACAAAACCAAACCAGUCUGGGCUAUGACAAAAGAAGUUAUUCAUUUCAUAAUAUUAAAAGGAAGAGGAAGAACAUAUUAAAUAAGAGGAAGAUGAGUUACUAAAUUUUGUUGAGAAUUUAGAUUAUGAUUCUUAUAUUAAUGAUUUAGAAGUAUAGUAUUUAUUUGAAUAAAAAAGGUAAAUGUGAUGUUAAAAGCAUUAUAAUAAAGAGUCUCUGAUAUAAAGAAAGAAGGAAAUUGGAAAGAGAAAUUAGAAUAAGGGGAAAAGAAAUAAGAAUAAAGAGAACUUGAUAUUUAUGAUAAAAUUAGUCAGUCUCUAGGAAAAAAUGAUGACGCUAGAUCUGUACACUCUGAAAAAACUUAAAGUAAAAAUUCAAUUGAUUAGAUUCAAUAAAUUAAUUAAGAAAAAGAUAAGAAUUAAUUGAAUAAGGUAAAUAAGAUUGGGAGAAGACAACUACAAAUGGAGAACAAAAGGCAUCAUUAGAGGAUCGAAUUGCAAAACAUGUUGCUGAUGAGAUCCUUAAUCAAUAUAAAGUAAAAUAAAUUUAUUAUUAAUAGAAUAUAUCUAAUGUACAUUCUAAUUCAUCUAUUCGAAAAAUAUUGGAAAGAGAAGCUAAGAAAACUUUACAAGAGUAAUCUAUACCAGGACCUGUUAUUUCAGUUAUUAAAAAUGAAAAAAUGCCUCGAGAUCCUAAUACUUUGCCAUAUUUGCAUCGUAAUCCAGCUAUUUGA